AUGACUUCAACUGAGAGGAACUAUGCACAGACUGAUAAAGAAACACUGGCAAACAUUGCAGGAGUAAAAAAAAAAUCACAAUUAUGUUCAUGGCCGCAAAUUCAAAAUCUGAACAGACCACAAACCCCUUCUUGGAAUUUUACUAUGGUAAAAAGAACUCCUCCUAUUUUAUCUCCCCAUAUGCAAUGCUGGAGCAUCAUGCUAAACACAUAUGACUAUACACUUAUGUAUAAAUCUGGGAAAAUGAUUGCAAAUGUUGAUGCAUUGAGCCACCUACCACUACAAAUACCUGACUGUGCUACUCCUCCACCAAUGGAAGUCCUCAUGCUGGAAUCCGUGCCAGAAGCCCCUCUUCAGGCUGAUCAGAUAGCAUGGAUGACUGCAAAAUACCUUAUCCUUGCCCAUGUCCUCAACUGGGUGCGGAGGGGCUGGCCUGCAGACAAAUUGGCUGAGAAAUUCAGGCCAUUUUCAUCACAUCAACAUGAGCUGUCUGCCCACAAGGGUUGCCUCUUGUGCGGAAGUUGUGUCAUAAUUCCAGAAGCAGGAUGCCAAACCAUACUGACAACACUGCAUGCAGCACACCUAGGCAUUGUAAGGAUGAAAGCGCUGGCUAGAAGUCAUGUAUGGUGGCCAGGUAUGGACAAUGACAUAGAAAGGGUUGUGAGGGAGAGCAGCAUUUGUCAAGCAACCCAUCAUAAUCUACCAAAAGCACCAGUAUUCCCUUGGGAAAUGACAAAUUAUCCCUGGUCAUGCAUCCGUAUUGAUGUUGCUGGAACUUUUCAAGGUAAGAACUUCUUAAUUGUUGUUGAGUUGUACUCCAAAUGGCUUGAAGUGAUUACUGUCUCAACUCUUACAUCAACUGCCACUGUAACAACUCUCUGUCAGCUGUUCGCAACCCAUGGGGUGCCUGACACUGUUGUUUCUGAAAAUGGUAGUGCAUUCACCUCAGCAGAGUUCCAAGACUUUGCCAGCUGCAACCUCAUUCGAACUGUUUUCAUUGUUCCUUGCAGGCCACAGGCCAAUGGGCAUGCUGAGCGAAUGGUGCAGACUACAAAAGAUGCACUGAAAAGGAUCAUUGUAGGAGACUGGCCUACCAGACUGACCAGAUUUCUGUUUGCUCAACAUGUAAUUUCUUGCCCUACAACAGGGUCCAGCUCAUCAGAGCUUCUUAUUGGGCAUCAUCUCAAGACAUGCCUUGACCGUGUUAACCCAGACCUUGUGAGAGACAUGCAGUUUCAGAAAGAUAAGGAUUUGGACUUUGCAUUGGCAUCUGGUACCUUAUGUCUUUUCAUCCCACAAGAGACUGUGUUUGCUCAGAACUAUGGGACAGGUCCACAGUGGGUUCAAUCUAAAAUUGUAAGUGUCACAGGACCCAUAUCAUACAUAGGUCCAGACUGA